AUGUGCUAUAUGGUCAAGGUCUUACUGGCUCUAAUCAGCCGCACCCUGUUCAUAAUCCACGGCGUUGUGACGGUAUGGCAUGUGGUGCAAGUGAGAGGACCGUUCUAUUGGGUGCUCGCUUCCGGUGUGAGUUUACUCGUAAUUGAGAUGGCCAUCACUCUCAAGAUUACACGCAACGGAGAAUGGAAAUGGUUUUCGCCAAUGGUUUUCCUCUACCUCAGCUCUGUGGUCCCCUCCAUUUGGUACCUAGAGCUGGACCUGGUGCAGGCCCAUCAACGGGCACACAGCCUCAGCAUUUCACCUGUUAAUAUUCCGUUAUUUGAUCAAAGUACGCACAUCACAAAGGCUUUUAAUGGGCUGGAUGCAGAGAUCUGGGUGGCCGGUCUAGAACAGACCAUGCUCAUCGUGUUGGUGAUUGGUCGCUGGCUGAUGCCCAAAGGCGACAUGUCCCGUGAUCAACUGUCCCAGCUCCUCUUGGUCUACGUGGGUCUGGGCGCAGAUAUUCUGGACAUCUUUGACACGUUCAAGGAACCUGAGGUGAACGAGAACAAAAUGGUGGUCAUCGUUGGCUUGGGCCUCUUCACGUGGGCUCUCAUGCAGUUCCCCCUGGUGCUUACCCAUAAGAGCACCAACGCCCGGAUUAGCAGGGGACGCAUCGUCUGCUGUACCGAUGCCAAGUCCUGUUUAAUUUCCCUCUGCCCCAGCGAAGUGUGGAGCUUGCUGCUCACGGUGGGAUUCCAAGAUGGACCCUUCAUGUUCUACCGUGUUUACUUGAUGGUGGAAGAAAAAGUGCUCAACCAGCUCAUGAUUUAUUUCACCUGCAAGAACAUCCUCAUCGUCCUCAUUGAGAUCUACCGGAUGUUUGUGGUCAAGUGGGAGCAUCAGGCUGCCCAAGGGGAAGGCGAGUUCGAAUUGUGCGGAUCCAUGUGUUGUCGAAAGUCAAGUAGGCAGGUGGAGGAGGGUCUGCAGGAGUACAGGGUGGAGGACAGUGAAUUCGAAGAGGAACAGAGGAGAUGGGCAGAACGGGGAGUAUGGGACGGGGAGGACGAGAGCAUACAAGAGGAGGACUGGGAGAAUGACCUGGACAGGGGGUCACGUGCAGGGGAGGUGGUAGAAGAGGAAGAACAGGCGGGACAAGGACCACAGGAGAGGAGGGGGGAGAGGGAGGGGGGAGAGGGCAGAAGAGCAGGAACAGGCGGGACGGAGGACACGGGAGAGGAAGGGGGAGAGGGUAGAAGAGCGGGAACAGGCGGGGCAGAGGGCACGGGAGGGGAGGUGGGAGAGGGAGGAAGAGCAGGAACAGGCGGGACGAGCGCCACAGGAGAGGAGGGGGGAGAGGGUAGAAGAGCAGGAACAGGCGGGACGAGCGUCAAGGGAGAGGAGGGGGAUGAGGGUAGAAGAGCAGGAACAGUCGAGACCAGGGCAACGGGAGAGGAGGGGGAUGAGGGUAGAAGAGCAGGAACAGGCGAGACCAGGGCCACGGGAGAGGAGGGGGAUGAGGGUAGAAGAGCAGGAACAGGCGAGACCAGGGCCACGGGAGAGGAGGGGGAUGAGGGUAGAAGAGCAGGAACAGGCGAGACCAGGGCCACGGGAGAGGAGGGGGGAGAGGGUAGAAGAGCAGGAACAGGCGGGACGAGCGUCAAGGGAGAGGAGGGGGAAGAGGGUAGAAGAGCAGGAACAGGCGGGACCAGGGCCACGGGAGAGGAGGGGGGAGAGGGUAGACGAGCAGGAACAGGCGGGACGGAGGACACGGGAGGGGAGGGGGGAAAGGCUAGAAGAGCAGGAAAGGGCGGGACGGGAGCUACGGGAGGGGAGAGUGGAGAGAGUAGAAGAGCAGGAACAGGCGGGACGGGGGCCACGGGAUGGGAGUGGGGAGAGGGUAGAAGAGCAGGAACAGGCGGGUCAGAGGGGACAGGCGGGACGGGGUGCACAGAGAGCCUCAGACUGGAGCUGCAGCUCCAGGAGAAAGAGUGUGAGCCUAAUCACGCUUCUGCUGUCUUCUUGGACAACUGUCCUUAA